AUGCCACGCACAUCGAAACUGAAGCUCAAGAUCAAGAAAACAUCACCGCCUCCAGAAGGAUACGACAAGAUAGCGCCUACGAUCCUCAAAUACAAACAAAAGCUAAAAUCAGCAACCACUUCAAGCUCCACCACAUCAGUGUCCCCCACCACCAAGCCCACCUCGCUAUGGCCCAUUUACAAAAUAACCCACGACGUUACCAAAUACGUGUACGACUUGCACAAGCGAGGCAAAAUCAGCGACGAGCUAUACUUGUGGCUCACAUUGCAGGAUUAUGUGGAUGGGCUCUUGAUUGCCAAAUGGAAGAAACAGGGAUAUGAGAGACUCUGUUGUACUCAGUGCAUCAGCACAAGUGGUGCUAGUGGUAGCAGGGGUGGCUCGGGGUCGUCGACUUGUAUUUGUCGUGUUCCCAAAGUGGACUUGUUGAGACGGGGGCAGGAUGAUAAGGUUGAUGUUGAGUGUGUUACUUGUGGAUGUCGCGGAUGUGCGUCGAGUGAUUAA